AAACGUACUCACCCUAUUGACCAUUUGCCAUUUUGGAAAUAACGAAGGUUUAAACCUUCCUUAUUUCCAGAUUUAAUUUAUUAAGGGGUUCUUUAUGUAGGUAAUUUAUUCUAAAUGACAGAUUCUUAGCGAAGUUAUAUAAAAUUUUUACUUCUUCAAUUUUUUGUGUGAUUUUCUUAAUGAAAAAUUCUAUAAUUGAAAUGUUAUUUCAAUGCGUUUUCUACCCUUAAUUCGCUAACAUUUCGAAAAUCAAAAUAAAACUCAAACCACAGACAAACAGACGUAAAUCUCUUUUUAAUUCCAUCAAUCAGGAAUAUAACGGCUGAUUUGAAUUUAAACUUAAUUCUCGGAUUAUCCACCAAAAUAGGAUGGCGCUGCAAUCAAGGCACACUUUCAAAUGACGUUUAAGCUAGCGCGCCAAAAGUUUCAGGUAGCGCGCCAAAAGUUUUGUUUUUUUUCUGCUGCUACUUGAGUGUGAGGAUGGACCAGUUUGGAGAAGAUUGGUCGGUGGAAUUUUUGGAUCCGGACCCGCCUCCGGGUGUGGAUUCCGCUGAAUGGUCUGUUGAGCAUUUAGAUAAUCCUCAAUCCUUCCCGGCCGAACCGUUAGAAGAAGAGACGCCGGAUUGGUUUGAAAGUUUUAUCACAAAACACGAGCUACAGGAUGAAGAUAUGCCGGAUGCGAACUGCGGAAGUCUACUGCUAGACCGACACGAGCCACUGGACGAAGAAAUGCCGGAAGCUACGAGUAACGAUUCCGGUGUUCUGAACAUCGGAAGAUUCUUAAGCAAUUCCAACAACGAGACGCCGUCCCAUUCAGCUGAUUUUAUUAUUUCAUCCGUCGGCGUUGAUGGUGUACCCCAACUUGACCAGGUGAAUGGGUUAGGCAAUGCAGUGUCCACCGGAAUCGCCUCGCCAACCUCGAGCACGCAAGAGACCGCGAGAAUCUUGACUCCGUCGUGGUUCUCAAAUCCGGCCUUCGUGAAUGACGCGGUGUCCAGCGAUGGCAGUUGCGCGACCCGGCCGACUUCGAGGACGCAAGAGACCGCGAGAAUCUUUACACCGUCGUGGUCCUCAAAUCCGGCCUUCGUGAAUGACGCGGAAUCCAGCGAUGGCAAUUGCGCGGCUCGGCCGACUUCGAGCACGCAAGAGACCGUGAUAAUCUUAACUCCGUCGUGGUCCUCAAAUCCGGCCGUCAUGAAUGACGCUGUGUCCAGCGAUGGCGAUUGCGCUUACCACGAUUUCAGCAACUCGGUAUUGACAACCCGGCCGACCUCGAGAAUGUUGACUCCGUCGUGGCCCUCAAAUCCGUCCCUCAUGGAUGAACCGGUGUCCAGCGAUGGCAAUUGCGCGACCCGGCCGACUUCGAGAACGAGUCUACCAAACAGCGUUUCUCGUGAAGAGUCGAUCGUUUACAGCAUCGUAUGGCCAUCCCCGCAAUCUCCGAACCGUGUUGAUAUCAUCAAACGAGACCUGGUAAGGUUGAAGAUGUAGGUAUAGACCGUCGACAACAAGGUCAACCUGGUCUCAUACGAAUAUUUGGUUGCUUGCAAGUGGACUAAAUUGCUUGCCGAGAAGGUAGCUUAACCUCACGCCAAGAAAUUUAUUAUUUAAACUCAUGGCCAAUUUGUGGGCAUUGUUCACAAACAGCGCAGUAAUACCCAAACCACCCUCAAACUGGUGCAUCUUUCCAUCAACCUCUGCAGCCUACACGAAUGUUUCCUCGGCAAGAUUUACCUAGUGCAUGGCCGCAAUCGGACGCGGACGUGGACCGUCUGCGUGAGUUAAGAAUUUGAACUUCUUGCAUUCUUCUCACAUGUUGGUAAACAAAUGUAAAUGUUAGUAAACAAAUCUCCCUCCUCUCACUACAACAAGAGUGACCGCGUUCACUCACACACUAACCAAUUCUCCUAUAGAGUUAUGCUUAAUGCUAGUAUUGGCCACCAGAUCGAGCUACUAGCUAACCUUUUUCCAUUUUUUUUGUGAUUGAUGGAUUUUCGUUAAAUUUGUUCAAUGAUUUACGUCUGUUUGUCUGUGCUCAAACUUACACUAAUGUGUGCACCUCAAGAAGCACAAGGUUCGUUUUCAAUUCAUGAUCAUGUGUAGAAGAACCUUUAAAUUUGUCAUUCUAAGUAAAAUUUAAUGGCAACUAUUGAUUUCAAUAAAAAUAUACGAGAAGCCAAUCUAGCAGCGUUUGAAAUUGGAAAGCAAAUGAUAAAAAUGAGUUAUUAUCUUUGAUUUGCUUUA